AACGCAGUUCAUUUCCCUCCUCCUUCAUAAGGGCCACCACUCCCUGCUGCUUAAUUAAUUUCCCAUCCACAGCCCCUACUUUAUUAUUGCCACACAUACUGUAAUAUAUCUACGCCUGCCAUUAAUUUUAUCAGUCAUGCUGCCCGAAAGCAAUAGUUAUGCCACCAGUGACCCCCGUGGUCUCACACAGCCGCCCACAGCGGUGGCAUCGGUCCACUCCCAAGACCGCAGCUCCAACUACAGCCACUCGUCCUCUAAAACUCCACACAGCAGCGAUGUGGAAAAAGGAUUCGUUGACGAGUGUUUAUCCGUCGACAAGCAGUCUAUAAAUGAUAGCCCCGGAGUAGAGCACAGUCGGUCUACGCCUGACGAGAAGUCAGAUGCACCCGCCGGCGAUCCUGUCAUCGAAUAUGCGCCUGCAGAUACUGGAUACGCCUGGGUUAUUGUCGUGUGCGCUGGGUUCUGCCUCAUGUGCACCGUUGGUGUGGUCAACGCAUUUGGAGUCUUUUCCACCCACUACCUCAACUUCAUUUUCCCGACAGAAUCUGCAUCAAACAUCGCUUGGAUCGGUACUAUGUUGUCACUGUUCAUGCUGGGUGGCUCUGUAACUACCGGCCCACUCACAGACCGAUUUGGUUUCCGGACUGUCGCCUUAGCCGGCGCAGUAAUCUGCUUCUUGGCCCUUCUCCUUGCCUCCUUUGCCAAUGCUCUGUGGCAGCUUGUCUUGACUCAGGGCAUCCUGUUUGGCAUCGGCGCCGCCUGCAUCUUUUCGCCGUCAGUGUCGCUUGUUGCACAGUGGCACACCAAGAGCCGUCCCCUGGCAACUGGUCUUGCAGUUGCUGGUAGCGGUGCCGGCGGCAUGAUCUUCACCGAAGUCACACAAAGGCUGAUGACAGCCAUCGGCCACAAAUGGACCCUCCGCGUGCUUGCCUUGAUUAUCUUUGUUAUUGCUGGCUCUGCCAGCAUGUUCUACAAGCGCAGAGUUUCAGUGCCUCGUGGUGGAACCGAUUUCCGCAGCAUGGUCAAUGACCCUCGGCUCAUCAUUGUUGGGCUAUCUGGGUUCUUUGUCAACGUCAGCUACUUUAUUCCGUGGUACUACCUUCCAACGGCUGCGCUCAAAAUUGGAGAGACCAAGCAGGCAGCCAACAACCUGGUGCUGUUUAUGAAUGCUGGAAGCACGGUUGGCCGGGUUGUAGCGGCCUUUGUUGCUAUUGCCAUGGGGCCAAUCAACAGCAUUUCCGCUGCAUAUAUCAUCUGCGCCGUACUGGUGCUUAUAGUUAUGCUGGCGGUCAAGAGCAUGGUUGGCUACAUCGUGCUGUCAGUCAUCUAUGGCGGUCUAUCUGCCAGCUUCAUCUCGAUUAUGCCUCUUAUUCUGACAACCUUCUUUGGCGCCCAGGGUGUGACAACCGCAAUGGGCAUCAUGAACAUGUAUUGCUCGAUCGGUGUCUUGAUUGGAAAUCCGUCGCAGGGUGCAAUCUAUCAGAAAUUCGAUCGCCCACACGACUCGUUCACAGCCAUUGCCAUAUGGGGCUUUGUUGGGCUUGCCCUUGCAGGUAUAAGCUACAUCAUGCUCAAGGUACUCGUUAUUCGCGGCACUGAGAAGCGUAUCUGGUCCAAGAUGUAAACGUUUCUCAUAUAUUCUCUAUCCCAAUAACAACACUCAAAC